UAAGGUCCUGCACAGGGUUCCAUGAUCCAAACCACUGGUCUGAUGGACUGCAGAGAUCCGGACCACUGAUGUGGAGCAUGGCUCCAUGGGUCAAACAUGUACAGAGUCCUGUGCCCUAAUUCCUCAUCUUAUUAUCAAUUCAUGAUCAUUCAAAUCUUGGAACUUGAAUUGAUUAAUAAACAUGCUCAAGGUCUGGCAUCAUCCUUCUAACUUGAGAAAUGAGAAAGAUGAUAAGAUAGUCUUUUAAGCACCACUAGAUAGAACCCUUGCUAAUCAAUCAGCUUCCAUUUAGGACGAGACCAACAUGCGUAGCGUAAUCAUAGGCUCAAAUCUCUUGGACGGUGGCAUGUUUACAGAUCCCUAUGCACUGAUGAUUAUAUUUCGGAGUUCGGAUUCCCAGCCAUGCAGUAGGAUUUUUUUUUAUUUUUUAUUUUUUUGUUCCUUUCGCUAUAAUCAAUCGUGUUUCUUAUAGGUAUUGUCAAGGACCUUGUAGAAAGGUGAAAAUCACUCAAUCAGGUAUUGGGCCCCAAUCAUAACUACAACACCCAAAUCAAAGGAACGGUGUUUUUCUCCCAGAAAAUGUGAUCCAAGUGGUUCAUCUAGUGGGAGUCCUCCCAGAUGAGUCAUGAUCCAAACAUCUCCCUUAUUGGGAAACACUAGCCAUGUCGGGGCUGUAUGUUUUAUCUGCAUGUGGACCAUUGAUUGAACCAUCAAUUUACAGGGUGUAGAUAAGAUGCUAAAAGAUCAUCCAAUGGUGGAGCUUUUCAGUCCCCUGCCAAUCUAUAAUAAACCCACUGGAAUGAACGAUUUUGGAUCACAAAAAGGUAGCCCCCACUGAUAUAAUUCUAGCUGGAACCAAAAACAUCCCAUAAACAAUAAAGAAACAUAGCUGAAGUAACUCUUCAACAAUCAUGUAAACAGCCGCCCAUGUAAAUUAAAAAAUGAAGAAGAAGAAGAGGCUUAUGGGUAUGGUAAUUGCACAUGUAAACAGCCGCCCAACACACCCCAAAAUGCAAAACGCAGGCUUCUCCCCACAGCAAAGUGUCCAAAGAGAAAAAUCAAAUAUAAGAAGCUUAUACACCAUAAACAAAUACUAACUUCCUUUUCACCCGGAUCAUGCACCCCAAUAAGCUAUACACUAAAACUCAAUAUAUAUGCACUUCUCCCUAUCCUCUCUCUCAACCAACUCACACCACAGCCCAGAAGUCCAUAAACUAACUUACCUUGUGAAAAUGCAAGCUUCCAAAGAUCUGAUUUCUAGCAACCCCAGAAACCCAAAUAAGAAAAACAGCUGCUGCGCAGUUUCUCUACUUGAAAGAGAUGAGAUCUUCUUCAACAGGCUUCUCUCUAGAGAGCCUUCCAUGGGCUUCUCUUCUCGGAUAUAUUACCGGGUGGCUGCUGGGAACGUCCCGUUUGAAUGGGAAGUGCAGCCAGGGAAGCCCAAGGUUGUGCCGGAAAUUGUGCUGAUCCCGCCUCUCAGCCCUCCCCCGGCCAUGGUGGGCUCGGUGUUGGCUCUUCCACCGUGCGAUCGCACUGUAGCCAAGGGCUCAACACGGUUGAGGCUAUGGUUUAGGAAGAAGAAAGUGAAGAGUCAACAGAGUCAGAGUCAAAGUCAGAUGGGGAGUGAAGAUGGUGGUAUUGAUAGGGUGGAGAGCUUUGGAUUUUGGAGCAAUGAAGGUGAUUGGACGUGGUCGCCUCCUGAUUCAAGCUCAUCUUCAUCAUCAUCAUCAUUGUCUUCAUCGUCUUGCCGCGGUUUUUCUCCAGUGAGGAAACUUCCAUCGCCGGAGAGUCAGAUUACGGUGAAGGAUUCAGGCAAGAGGCGAGGGAUGGAUAGGCUGGAUUGGGCGUGGAGGUGUGGCCCAUGGAGUUUUGCUGGGGUCAUGGUCUGCAUGGCUAAGGGUGUUUGAAGGGUGCUAUGGUUAUUUCAAUUUCGUGUGGGGGGAGAAUUAAAGUGCAAUGGUUUAAUUUAAUUAUUUCAUUUUAAUGCAGAGCAAAAGUCAUAUGCAUAUUCUAUUUUUUUGUCCACAAACUUCACAUGUAUCCUGCAAUUAUCAUCAACGUAAAUUUCUUUUUUUUUUUUUUUUUUUUAAUGUGAUGGGGCCGUCUCUGCACAAUACACGUGGCAGGAUUGUGUGUCAAUCAGGACCUUCCAUCUAGUUGGCCCUGGAAUGGAUGGAAAAUGUUUAAAAAUACGUAUAGAUCCUCCUAUAAAUCAGAUCAGUUGACUUCAAAACAACGUUAGUAAACAAAGAUAGUUAAUGGUCAAUAUUAAGUGCUUUAAACCAUUGGAAUCGAAGUUAGUUUUUAUGUGCAAGAAAUGCA